CGCUCCUCCCGGGGCCCCGUGCGAGGCUCCCGGGGCCGGCUCUGCGGGUGUCGCCGCAGCCGCCGUUGCCUGGUAGCGGCGGCCCCGCGCGGGGAUGAGGGCCACCGACUGGUGCCUGAGCUCGGCGGGGGCUGCCCUGGUCCUGGCCACGUCCAGCGACGAGCAGCACCCUGCCGAGAGCGUCGUGGACGGCAACUCAGAAACGUUUUGGACCACGACAGGCAUGUGCCCACAGGAGCUCAUUAUUGGUUUUCCUAAACGUGUAAAAAUCAGCAAAGUCGCAAUCCAGAGUUACUUGGUGCGGACCUUAAGGAUUGAAAGAAGCGUCUCUGAAGACCCUGUAGGUUUUGAAGAGUGCAUUGAAAAAGAUUUGGAACACACAGAAGGACAGCUUCAAAAGGAAGAAUUUCCACUUCCUGAAUUUGAAGCCACUUACUUGCGUUUCAUCAUCAAAUCUGCCUUCGAUCACUUUGUAUCAGUGCACCGGGUAAUAGCAGAGGGCGCAGCAGAAAACACUUAGGUCUGGCUUAAAUUUGUACCUCCUAUUUUUGUUAUGUACAGAAGUUAUAUUUUGAUAUCUGUAGUGCAGAGAAUAUUUAUCAUUAAAACCUUGUAUUAAAGUGUGUUUUGAAGGUA